AUGUUCGACUCUGAUCCUUCAAUUCGUAUGCGACGCUUCCUAGACUCAGCCCAGUAUUUCGAUAACUUCAAACCUGAGCUCACUAAGGUCUCAAAAGACGACGACCUAUAUCAUGAUGUUGCUUGGCGAUUCCUAGAUGGAUGGAAUGCUUUGAAGCUCCCCUCAAUCUUGAGUAUUUAUCAACUUACCGGAAACCUACUUGCAAUGAAUCGGUACAACAAAUAUCGAUUGAGCCUCGAGAGAGAGGGGGAAUUUAGGUUCCAGGGGUUGAGUUUGGCAAAUGAGAAGCUCCUCUUUCGCGGCGUUCCUCGAUAUUGUCCUCUCGGGGAACUGGGAGUUACUACUCCCUGCGCUCACCCUGAUUGUAAACUUUGCCAAGCCAUCUGUGAGGGUUUUGGUCCCGAUCUAGAGUUGAAGCAGUCAACCGGGUUUCACGGGGCUAGACUUGGUCUGGGGCUUUAUACAACCGCAGAGAGCUCCAAGGCCGACAAGUAUGCGAAAAACAAAGAUACAAGCAUUUACGAUAAAGCUAUGCUUCUUUGUAAGGUUGCUCUUGGAGAGCCUUUUAGAACAACGGAAGAUAUGCCAAUGCUGACAAGCCCUCCUCCGGGCUUUGAUUCGGUACACGCUGUGCCUGGACGAUCAAGCUCAUUUUCAUCAGAUGAACGAGUCGUUUACACUGAGGAAGCGAUCGUGCCAGCCUUUCUAAUCAUAUACAACAAAUCCGGCUAG